AAAAGUAAUGUGUUAUAUCUGAAAUAAUAAUGUUUCAUAGUAUGUAUAUAAACUCUAUAGAACUUAUAACUGUUGAUAUAUUCAUUCCAGUAAAUACUAAAUUAACAGAACUAUACAUUAUACAUUAAUUACAUACUUUUACAAAUUUACAAGUAUAACAAAAACUCAAAUUAAAUGAAAUUAACAAAACAACAUACUCUUUAAUUACAUUACUGCUUCAUUUGGACUGAAUGUCUAAUAUUUUAUCUCGGCAUACAUGAAGAAAUACAUGUAAAAUGCUUCCAUCAUAAAUCUAUUACAAAUAAAGUAAUAGAAAAUAUGGAGAUCAUUACAGGGUUAUAAAAUCUUUCAGUAUUUAUUAUUUGAUCAGUACUUUUAAUCCAUUACUGAAAUAUGGCUGCAAUUAUGGUUUCACUAAUCUUUGAUGUCUACAUAUCUGAUAAAUGAAUGCUUUGAAAUAUCAAAUACUGUUCACUUGUUACAUAGAAUAUGAGCAAAAGAAAGAUAUUAAAUAAUGCUUAUGUAAUACUUAAAAGAAUUCUCAAUAGUAUUGGAAAUUUAUAAAGCAAAAAUUCAACAUGGUACAUAAAGAAAAACCACUGGUAAAAGACAUGUUAGAAGAACGGAAGCACAGAACAUAUUAUCAAGAAACAGAUAAAACUUACAUGAAGCAACUGGUACGAUAUACAAUAGCAGAAGAUACCAAUGCAUGUCCUCGAUGGUAUCAAGACUUUUCUAUUGAACAAAUGAAGAAUCUAAUAAUGUUACAAUGUCUCAUGCAUCAGGACUGUGAAGAAACAGUGAUAGGACGUACUCAAAGAUCACUUUUGUCAAUAGGAAUUGUAUCUACAUUUUUUACUCUUCCACCAGAUGUUCUUAAAAAAUUACAAGAAUUUACUAAUUGUAAUGUAAUAGAAUUUUUGAGAGAGACCUAUAAAAUAUUAACAGGGAAUUAUUUUGAAGAAGAAAAAUAUAAAGAAUUCUAUGGUUGCAAUGAAAGAAUAAUUUUAUCAGCUAUUGCAUUUUUAACUUUGCCAGAAACUGUUGUAGAACUACACAAAAGAUUACCUCCUGUGAUAAUGCCAGAAUUACCUCCUAAACCUACACUAUCUGUACCACCACCGAGGCAAAAAAUGGAUUCUCCUUAUGAAGAGAAUCUCUUUGUACGUCCAGAUUGGGCAUCCUACUUAAAUCAGUUACAAUAUUGGCAACAACAGUAUCAAUUAUUACCAUUACCAAAAGUAAUAUUACCACCUAAAGAUUGUGUUCUAACAAAUUACAAAAAAACCAGAGAUGAUGAAUACAGCCAAUUCAAUGUCUUUAAAUAUGAUCCUCAAGAAAUGCAAAAGCCUAAUGUUUUAAUGAGAAGAAAACAAAAUGUGAACACUUCCACUAACACAGAAUCGAAGUAUGGUACUCCAAUUAAAGUAAAAACAGAUGAUAUUAAUGAUUCUGCUAAUAAUCCUAAUAUAGUGGAAGAAAAUGUUAUGUCAGUUAAUGUUCCUAUUAACACUACUGCAGUGCAACAAACUAAAAGAGUUAGAGAAGAAAACGAUAGUAUAGAUAGUACAAGUGAAGAGUCGGAACAAGGAAGCAUAGAAGAUGAUACAGUAAAUAACACAGGCUAUAAUGAGAAAGUAGCUACUCUAGAUGUUCCACCAUUAUAUGGAGGAAACAGAUUAUUUGAUUUUACAAUCAAUGGAAUUUGUGAAAAAUCAGGACCAGUACAGUACAAACUAUGUGGAGUACUACAACCGCCUCGGCCAAAUAGAAAAUCUUGGCUAGGUGAGAAACAUGCGCAUUAUAUAAUAUCUGGAGCUGCCGACGAUCCACCAACUUGUCCCAUAACAUAUGAAAUGACUGGUGUUGCAAAUGUAACGCCAACUAAUAGUGAUGAAAGGUUUUUAGCUGUACUAAAAUUAGGAGAUGGACCAAAAAAGAUUUAUCCGAGCGGUAGAAAGAAUUUAUCUCGACAUUGGCAAGAAUGGUUACAAAAUGUGGAUGAAGAAUUUCGAAAAGUGGAGAGAGAAGCAAACAAAAUGAUAAAAGAUAUAGAAGCUAUAACAAAACUGGUAUUUCCAAAACCUACGUGUGACAGUUGUUGUUCUUGUAGACAAACUAGAAAAUCGUACCUGAAAGCAAAAGAAACAAAAGCACCUUAUUUUGUGAUAGAUACAAUAACUGAAGAUGAUAAUAAAAACAAAUACAUCAUAGGAUCUAUGGCACUGCAUUCCCCAGCGCCUACUCCUCCAGAAUCAACAACAAAUUUGCUAGAAAUUAUAGCCUCAGAAGAUGUUCUUACUUCAAAUCUUGUUAUAAAUGGUGUCACAAACGAAGAAGGUGAAACACAAUACUUUAUAUCGGGUACUAGAGAAGAUGUCGUACGUGUACCACGUCGAAUCGUCGAACGUCCACCACCUCCACCACCUAGAAAUGUUCCAUCAUGUGUUUGUGCGAUUCAACAAAUAUUUAAUAAAGACAUAACUCCAACGUUGAGUCAAGACAAUAUACCAUGGACAAAACAAGAUGGUUUAUGCUUUGGAAAAAAAUUCAGACCCGACGAAGCUGGUGCAUAUUCUUGUAAAAAGUAUCCUGGUGAUAAAUCAUGCAGAAGAAAUCCAUUUAGGAGAGAAAUAAUUAACCAAAGACAGAGAGCUGAGAGAGCAAAACAAGAAAAGGAGAAAGAUUUUUCCAAGAAAAAAAUGUAUAGUAUCGCAGAUUUUAAACCGUGCGGAGAUGAACAUGGUAUGGGUAUAUGCGGAGGUCCUUGGGGUGCUGUGCAUACUUUAACUGCAGAAGAAUUGGCAGAAGAAGAAAGGUUACGGAAGGAAAUACUAAGAGGUCCUCCAUGCGGAACAAGACCUGGGCGAGCUGUCUGUGAGGGGCCAUUUGGAAAAAGAAUCUCGAUAAAACCGCAAAAGAGGAUUGAAAUCGAAGAUGAAAUUCCAGGAGAAGAAGAUCUAGACGAAGAGGAAAUUGAAGAAGAAGAAGAGGAAGAGAAAAUGAAAGAACCUCCAGUUAAGAAAGAAAAAGAAAAGAAACGGCAGAAGGAAUGCUACACAAGUCCAGAAUCAAUAGCAGCAAAGAAACAAGUAAUGGAAAAAAAGGUCAAAAAAUUCAUUCCGGAUCCCACCUAUCCUGGUUACGAUGAUCCAUGGAAUGUAUUUCGUACAGCACCAUCAGAAAAAGAAUCAGAAACAAAUUUUAAAGAGUUAUUAAAGCUCAGUUCUCCAAAACCACCGGCAACGCCUGUACAAUCUAAAGUAACGUUAAGUGAAAGCAAAUAUAUUUCAAGUGUAUCGCAGAAACCUAUUUCAGAUUCAAAUAUAAAAAAAGAUACUUCCAAAGUUGUUAGAAAGUCGGUACCCGUAAAAUCCAAAAGCAGUCAGGAAGUAGUUAAAAAAAAAUCAGUGUCGACCGUCAAGAGAGGAACUCAAAUUGAAAUGAAAAAGGCAUCUAAAGAAACACUACGGAGUGCUAAAUUAGAUGAAAAGACAGACCGUAAACUUGCUAAACCAACAAAGGAUAAACACGAUUAUAGAAAGAUAAGUACUAAAACUAUGUCUGUUAAACAUUUAAAAAAAGGAAAUCACGUAAGGAAAUCAUCUAAACCGACUGUUGAGAAUCCAAAAUUAAAAUCCAAACGUGAAAAACCAACUGCAGUCAAAGAAGCUUCAAGUGUUAAAUUUAACAUUAAAACUAAAAAAAAAGAGGAAAUGUUAGAAAGUCCAAAAAUUAGUAAAUCAAAAAAAUCUGAAAGAAAAUUAAGUAAUUCUGGAAAUAUCAAACGAAGUAAAGUAGAAAAAGCGAAACGCUUAAGUAAUAAAUCAAUUGUGCCACCAAGUGUUGCUAGAAGAGAAACAGCUAAAUCAUUUAGUGAAAAGAAAAGGCCUAUAAAACAAGAUAAAAGAAAAGAUACACAAACUAUUCAACAUGAGGAUUCUGAUAUCUUUAGAAGGAAUCAGAUAGAAAAUUUGAAGAGCAUGUUAAAAUCUUCUGAUCUUUAUCCUUAUGAUGUUAAACCAGUAGAUCUUCCAGAAGAACCUAAAGCAAAAUGUCAACCAGAAUAUGAAUACACAGAAACUGUAGAUGAUUCUGCAAAGGUUGAUGAAGAUGCAGACAAGCAAUUACCGAGUAAAGGUCCUUGCGGUUGGAGAACAAAAUCAGAACAAAAACUGCCAACGAAAAAGACUUUAGUUCACCUUACUGAACCUGACUACCCUCCACAAACAGUACCAGUACGGCCAGGGGGCAAGCCAUGUCUUUGCCGUGAAAAUAGAGCAAAGAAAAAGAUACUAAAGUAUAAUAUUGGAGGAGUUCUAGAUAAAAAAAAAGAUGACGAGGGGAAGAAGUUAUUCAGGAAAAAGAAAGAUGAAGAUGACAAACAAAUGCAAGUUAUAGAUGGUCUAAUUUAUUAUACUCCACCUCCAAGUCCACGUAGGAGCGACGAAUACGUACCUGAAUAUGAUCUCUAUAAAUCUCCGUAUGAUAUGUGCCUUACACAACGUAAAGAUAGGGGUCUUAAAUUUAUCGAACGGUAUAGUAGACCUCAAAUAUCAGAAGGGCCAAAAAAUCAAGACUCUUGUGGAUGUAACGAAUUUAUUGAUACAUACGGUAUUCAAACAACAAUAGAUCAAAAGAAUGAAGAAUUUGAUAAAAUUAGAGAAGAAUUCGUGAAUGCGAAACCACCAAAAGAACGUUGGAAAUUAGCAGUUAACGACGUAGGAUUAAUCGACUAUUUUACAAGAUGCCGGGACAGUAUGCCUUGUUGGCUCAAAUGUGCUCAAUUUAAUAAAGUAGGCUGUCCUUUGCCACUCCCAAAACUCCAAACCAUAAGACCAGUUUGCGAAUGUAAAUAUGAAAGAAAAAUAUUAGAAAAUAACGAGGAGAAACAAAGAUGGAAAGAACGUCGAAAGAAACUGAAAUCCCUUAAAAAAGAACCGUUUAAGAAUGUCACGGACAUUUCAAAGCCAAUAGUAGCAAAUACCAAAUUAGUAAUAUCAGAUGUAAAAAGAAUUCCAAGAGAAAAUGAAUACAUAGAUGAUAUUAAGUAUUGUAUAACCGGUGUCGCUGAAAAUUAUUCUGAGUUACCACCCACACAAGUAGUAGGUGGCAUACAUAUGUCUACACCCAUUCAAACACCUGAGCCAAGCGAGGAGAAAUUACCAUGCGUUUGUUCACAUAAACAUUGGUCAGCUGUAAGUGUACCUCCUGGGCCAUUACCAAAACCAGAAGAAAUUUUACUUGCAGAUAAAAAACGUAGACAGGAAGCUGUAAUAGAAGCAUUCAAACAAAUUUAUGCUCCUCAAGAAGUGUACGAUACACAUGAUGGACAUAGUUGUAAGGAACCUUGUAUACCAGAUUCUGACGAUAAUGAUUUAGUAUCAAUGCAGAGCAGGGGUAACAUUGGAAUGAGAAGUAGAUUGAUGAGUCAGAAACAACGGCGGUCAGAAUUAAAAAAUACAGAUAAGAGAAAAAAGUUAAGCACAGUACAGAAAACUACUGAACGUGCAAUAAAGAGCUCGCGCAAAGAAACAAGAACUGUUAAAAAUGAAGGAAAUAGUCAAAAAUAUUCGCCAAAUCCUCAAACAUAUGAGUACCAAAAUAUUAUUCAGUCACAAAAAGAGUCUACUGAUUCCAAUAUGGAAGAUGUAGAUAUUUCUGAUGAAAAUAUUGAAGACGAUAUUUUCGAUACAGGAGAUCCUUUCAUGAUCGUAGUACAAGUUGAAUUGAAAAAAAUGGCAUCGGAAGGAUUUUUAUUUGCAAAAUUACCAGAAUGCUUUUUUAUGCCACAGUUGCAAUAUUGGUUAAUGUAUAGAAAAGGAUUUUCUCUUAGUGAUGCGGAUAAACACAAAUCUGUAACUGAAACUACUCUCACAUGGAACAUGCUGGAUACAAAAAGGUUGCCUAAAAUUAAACCACCUCCGAUAGAACUAGAAAAACAUGAAAUUCAUAAAUUAACUUAUGAUAGUGCAAAGAAAAUGAAAGAAAAAAUCGCAUUGAAAAAGCAGAUAUUCUAUAAUGAAGUUCGUAACCAUCGUGUCUUAUACGCGCGACUAAUGUGGAAUACAAUGGAGUACGGAAAAUUCCCAUCAACAUCGUUUAAACAAGCAUAUUUUACUUACAUGUCUAGUAAAGAAACCGAUGGUCAUGUUUUUAAACCAUGGCUUCCUUGUGAAGCAAAAGACAUGAGCUAAAAACGUGUUUUAUUUGAAUGUAAUAAUUGGCGCC